AUGUCGAGCACACAGGAGGCAGAACAGAUUGUGCGGCGCCUAACCAGGAAGUACGGGUUCCUAAACGAAGAGAUGAUGGACGACAUCGAACAGUUCAACUCCGAAUACCGUCGGGAGAUUGAUGAAAACUGGCUCGCGAUGGAAAACGCGGUAUCGCACUCUGUCAAAAUAUUAGCAAAGCAGAUCUACGGCAGUGGUGCUCGUUUCGUUUUUGAACUUCUUCAGAAUGCCGACGACAACGUCUUCAACAAGGCUACCGCAAGCAACGCACUACCUUUCAUCUCUUUCAAAAUACAUCCGAAUCACAUCAUCGUCGACUGCAAUGAAGACGGCUUCACUGAACCGGAUCUACAAGCUAUUUGCGCGGUGGGACAAAGCACCAAGUCAGCUUCCCACGGAUACAUCGGUGCCAAAGGUAUUGGGUUCAAGUCUGUCUUCAUCGCUGCGUCUAGAGUUCAUAUCCAGUCGGGCAAUUUCUCAUUCGAAUUCCGGCACAACAAAACAGACCCAGGUAUAGGCAUGGUCAGACCUAUCUGGGUCAAUCCUAUCGAGACCAUCCCCAACCCUCUGACUCGCAUGACACUAUACCUCCACAAUCAGGGAGACCAAGGCGACAUUCGACAUCUGAAGAAGAUCAUCUCCACGCAAUUUGACGACCUGCAGCAAACAUGCUUACUCUUCCUCCGAAAACUUGAGAAGAUCAGCAUAGAAGUCUUCAACGAAAGUGGCGAGCUCGAGCGAUCGAAACAAUUCCGCAAGCAUAAAAUCGACGAACAUCGCGUGUCUCUGGGGACCACUUCGAUUAUCAAUGGAGCAGAGACGACUCAACACCAGAUCUACCACAUCACAAGGCACAGAGCGACAGGCUUGGCGCGAAGCGACAAUCGUGAGCUUCCGGAUACCGACGAAGGUCGAAGAACCUCCUCCACCGCCGAAGUUGUUUUGGCUUUCCCGCUUACAAGCACUUCCAAACCGCUCAUUUCUCGAAGGAAACAAGAGCUCUUUGCAUUUUUGCCUCUUAGAAAAUCCGAUUACAAGUUUCUCAUUCACUCGGAUUUCGACACAAAUGUCAAUCGACAGGACAUUGUGACCACAUCACGGAGAAAUCUCGACCUCCGUUACUGGAUCGCGAGCACGUUCAAUCAAGCUGUUCUGCAAUUUUGCGAGCACGAUACCCUCCGCUACGACUGGCCAUUGUUUCUCCCAUCCCCGGAUGGCAGUUCAGAUGCGUUUUGGUCUGGCCUGGAUCAGGAGAUCCAAUACUUUGUGCAGAAUGGGGCUUUCUUUAGGGCGCGUAAGCGAAAUACUUUGCGCCUCAUUAGCGACGUUUUCAUUCUCAUUAGCGGUGCCAUGGACGCAGACGGAGAACCUGUAUUUGACGACCCACGCAAAGACUGGUACCUUUCACCGAAGUAUUCUCAAACGGCGGUGAAUGUGCUCAAGGACUAUGGUCUCCAGUCGGUGUCUGUUAGUACUUUGCUCAUGUUGCUGGAGAUCGAUCUCCGCAGCGCCAACUCAAAAAUGCACGGAAGACACACGACGAACGAGUGGCACUCGGUUGUGGCACGGAUGUUUUCUCUGUGGUUCGAGGAGAAUAACAUACCUGCGCAACAGAGGCUAAGAUCACUUCCUUUGCUUCCUUUGAGAAACAGAAAAUGGACAUCAACUAGGUCAGGGCCAGUUUAUUCCUCAGCGACAGGUGACAUCAACAUUCCUGAUUCCUUGGAUCUGAGGGUAAUCAGUCUUUCUGCAUCCCAAAAUCCUGAUCGAAACACCUUAUUUUGGCACCUUGGAGUCUGCGAGGCUACGGUAGAUCAAGUGAGAGCCUCGAUUAGCAGGUCUUUCCAGUCAAAUCGCCUAUCAUUCGACAUUAUCAAGUCCUAUCUUGAUUAUCUUUACCUAACACAUCAGCCUGGCACACACACACAAGAAGGGUACGCAAAAGUAGAAGUUUUCAGCCAGACCAGGAAGCGCAUAGCCCCAAGUAAGACAGACGUUUACCUUCCUGGCACGGCUCAUGCCUACAGCCCCAUGAGCCUCUUGGCGGCACAAGGCACUGCACCCGGCCUGUCUGUGGAAUUUCUACAUUCUGAAAACAUGGACCAUACACCGACCCGUCCGAUUUCAUCUCACCCGAGUUGGGAGAGGUGGCUCUGUGAUUUCGUUGGCAUACGACAGCGACUAAGACUUCUGUCACCUAAUGGAGAGGCUUUGUCGUAUACUUUUCUAUACGUCUUUAAGCAUCGACCAGAAAAGUUCUUGGGGUUAUUUGAGCAUCUCUGGUUACACGAGAAGUCAAAUUUGUUGCGAAAUCUGACUCUUCGAUCCAAGAUCAAGGAUCUUCCCGCCAAAGACCUUUGCGGGGUGAAUUUUCCAAUCAAGUUGAAAGAGACUUGGCUUCCCUUUACAACCUUGCCCAACUAUGUCAUGCGUUACAUGGAAUAUCCCGAGCAAUUCCCUUUUCUCAAAUUCGAAGAAUCAAACCUGACGGGACAAUUUGUUACCAGAUGGAAUUUCCUGAACGAGUUCUUCUCGGUCGGGAAAGAUGUCAACGUGGACUUCCUUCUUGAAAUACUCCGUUGCAUUCAGAGAUCGUGCCCAGAGCCUUCUUCCGUUCGUCAGACCCAAAAGGUCUUUGACUUGUAUGUCGCUCUCUAUGCCGCACUCGCCAUGCCCGAUGAUGAACCAGGAACGCGACGCAAGAUCAGGGAUUUUUUUGACGAAGAAGGCAUCAUCUUUCCAGAUGAGGAGAAAUCCACCUGGACAUCAUCUUCUUCUUGUUUAUGGGUCGCACCCCCGGAUAUGGAAACGAAAUAUGCCCUCAGAAAUCUCUACUCAAGAACUUUGGGCGAUGAGCAAAUGGAGAUUAUCAGGAUUCUUUUUCAAAGAACGCUCGAAAUUCGGAACGCUUCAUUGGAUGAUUUGGUAAUAGAGCUAGAGGAACUUCGGGAGGGGGGUUGUGAGGACAAACCUCGCAUACGGGCACUAUAUAAAUACCUGGACGAGGUGAUUCCACCUACUUCUGACAUGAGUGAGACAGCGAUCCGCGAUAAAGUCAUCCUAAAUGAGUGCUGGGACGGCGAUGAGAGCUUUUUCGUUGACAAACUGGGCGUGAAGUUGCUCACCCUACAAAUGGUCUACGAUGAGCUCCGAAAUUCGCCUCAGGGCAGCAUAGACGAGAUCAAAGUGGCCAUCUUGUCAUUCAACGGCCUCCUCCAAACAGAACCGAUCCAUUUGGACCCGGAACCGAUCAGAAAAGCCAGGAUCUUUCCCAUUAGGUAUCCGAGCGGGACUGUUGUGUUGGGGUCCAUGGAUGACAGAAUUAAUCUUUUGGACUUUGAUCUGGAAGAUGUUCGUCGACUGAAGCCAUUCUUCGAGUGGGUGAGCCUCCAAAAUCGGUACUUGUCCAACUCUGUCAAAGAACGCACUUCAAUCUCUAGCAAUUCGGGGCGUCCGAUCUCAUCACGCAAUCGUGACCUGAAACGCAAAGCUUACUAUAUUGCCCGAGUUGCAGCUACCUUUAACAGUCCUCGAUUGAAACACGGCCCAGGUGAACUGUAUGGGCAGCUGCGCACAAUGACUGUGAUGGAGAUUGAUGGGAUCUCUUCUGUAUUGGAAAUUUCCCAAAGCAGGCAGAGAUUCCAAGUCACAGUGGCAACUGCCAGCGAGCAUAUUGACGACACCUCAGAGAGACUCACGAUUUAUGUCCCCAAGCAACGCAGAGCGCAGGAACUCUGCUUUGGCUCAGUUCUUCCCAGAAAAUUUGCUGUAUGGCUGAUGCGACACCCGUUGAGUCAUAUCGACGGAGCUGUCGAAGUUGACGCAGUCAAGGCCCUAACUUCAAUUUUUGCCUAUGACCGAUCCGUUCUUGACGACAUUCUCGAUGACCAGGGGAUUAUACAAGUUUCAUUUGAGAAUGAAGAUGAAGGCGAUGACGAAAACGAUAGCGGAGAGGAGGAGGAGGCGCAUGAACAUCAACAAUCUGACAACCCCUUUGGAAAUGACGACGCCUCUUCAGAACAUCAAAUGAUUCCGACUCACUCCUCGGUGAAUCGUGGCCCGUUACCAUAUGUUGCUUCAUCCGAGGCUGAGCCCGAAAGAGGCCUCACGGAAACAGUAGUUGAGACCGUUUCUCGGCGGAGCCACAUGCCACAUCAGCCUCGGCCGGGGGGUGGAGAUAACUCCUCGCGACCACUUCUGUCUCACUAUUUUUCACAGUUACUAAAUCGGUUAAACUAUCAGGCCCCCCAGAACUCGGUAUCAACCACGUUCACGCGGCCGGAUAGUCGAUCUUCCGAAGACGUGCAAUAUCUCGCGAUUCUGAACAGGGUUGUCGACACAGCUCGAACAGCAGCAUUCCAAUCUCGUGGGGCAUUCGAUAUGAGUGAUUUGCGGGAUGCUCUGUCUGGUGGUGAGGGAAAUACAGAUGCGUAUGAAAGCUUUGACGGAAUGGAUGUCUUCGAGCUUUUGACCCAACUCGACCUGCCAGAUUGGAGUCGUGCAAACUGGCAAAGUACGAUUAGAAAGUACGUGACGAUUCAUCCAGACUACAGGAACAUGGCGGCAUGGAACAGAAGAGAGACCGCAGAUUUGGUUUAUGCCGAUACUGCGGGAGACUUCACAGACACUCUCAUUGGCUGUGGUUAUCUGAACCAUGAUGAGUGGCAUGGGGCACGACCCAAGUAUUACAUAGAAGUCAAGACCACGACUGGACCAUGCGGUACCCCCUUCUACAUGAGUGGUAACCAAUACCGACUUAUGGGACGAAUUCACCACACCGAAGAUCGUUCAGAAGUUUACAUGAUCUUCCGCGUGUUUUGGCUGAACAGCGACAGGAUAGGCCUGUGUAUAUAUUUUGACCCGGAGCAACUUAGACAAGACGGGAGGCUUGUGUUUACAGGACAGACGUGGUGUGUUACGCCAGCGGCCGGACCGGAUUUGGAUGAUUAA